GAAGAAAUAAUUAAAAGUACAGUGAUAAGACUAUAUCCUCUUAAUCAUCACUAUGUUGCUCAGAUAAAAUGGAUACGAAAAUUAUAGAGAAAUGUUUAAUGCUGUUUCUGAGUAAAUUGAUGAUGAGCUCACAAAAGAGCUGGCUGCAAUGAUAUCAGUGAUAUGAGUAACAGGCUGGAUUAUCUGAAACUUCAUGUAAUGUCACUGAGAUUACAGGUACUGCAAUGCUACAAACAGUUGAUGCAAACAACUUUGAAACUAUUCUCUGGUGAUGUUAUUGCACUUGAAAAAUCAAAGGAAAAAAUCAAAGAGGCUUUUUUGGCCCAGCGUAUGUUAACUGCACAGGAGGACAUUUUAGAACAGAUAAAAAUAGCCAAGGAAACUGAUGAAUUUUUAAGACAGGGUGUACUGCAAGGUGUUAGACAAGAAAGUUCAAAUGUUUACAAAGUUAAAAUAACAGAAGAAACAAAGUUGCAUGAUAACGUACCCUUAAAAGAGACAAACCAAAUAAAUUUAAAUAAUUUUAAAGUUCCUGAAAAAUAUAAGAAUAAAAGUUGAUGUCUUUGCA